AUUCUUUGAUAUUUGACUUUGGAAAUUUAUUUAGGGAAACUUAUUCAAAUAAGAGGUCCUUCUUGCCGCUUCAAUCAAAUUUGAUAUCUGUCUGAUGGAUAAUCCUUCUAGGCACAAACCAAAAAAGGAAAAUGCACUUGAAUCUUCUGGCAGUCCACAAAAAAGAAAGAUAACAGCCAGAUGGGAUCCAGGAAAUGCAUGUCGGCAUGUAAUUGAUGAAGCACCUGUGUUUUAUCCUACUCCUGAGGAGUUUGAAGACACACUUGGUUACAUUGCUAAGAUACGUCCUGAAGCUGAACCCCAUGGCAUAUGUAGGAUUGUCCCUCCAGUUUCCUGGGUUUUACCUUGUACUCACAAGGAGAAAGAUUUAUGGGAAAAUGCUAAAUUUCCCACCCAUAUUCAGCAAAUUGACUUGCUUCAGAACAGGGAACCCAUGAGAAAGAAAAGUAGGGGAAGGAAACCAAAACGGAGAAAGUACUCAAGGAAGGGUUCAUUAAGGAAAACUGCAAAUUCAGGCUCUGAAGCUAAUGUUACUUCUGAACCUGGUGAGAAGUUUGGAUUCCAAUCAGGGUCAGACUUCACACUUAAAGACUUUCAGCAGCAUGCUAAUGUUUUUAAAGAUUGCUACUUUGGGUUGAAUGCUGUCAAUGAAGAUGGAAAAGUUAGUAAAAAUAAUCACAAGAGAUGGGAGCCCUCUAUGGAGGAAAUUGAAGGUGAAUUCUGGCGAAUAGUUGAGGAACCAACCGAUGAGGUUGAGGUGUAUUAUGGAGCUGACGUGGACACUGGUGCACUUGGAAGUGGUUUUCCUAAGCCAUCAUCCUUAACUAAGAGUGAUUCAGAUCGGUAUGCUAUGUCUGGUUGGAAUCUGAAUAACUUUGCGCGACAGCCAGGUUCUGCAUUAUAUUUUGAAGGAAGUGAUAUCUCCGGAGUUGUAGUUCCAUGGAUGUAUGUUGGAAUGUGCUUUUCAACAUUUUGCUGGCAUGUUGAGGAUCAUAACCUCUAUUCGCUUAAUUAUCUGCACUGGGGUGAACCAAAAGUAUGGUAUGGAGUACCUGGAAGCCAUGCUUCAGCAUUGGAAGAUGCAAUGAAAAAGCACUUGCCUGAUUUAUUUGAAGAACAACCAAAUCUGCUUAAUGAAUUGGUGACUCUGUUAUCUCCUUCAAUUCUUAAAUCUGAGGGAGUUCCUGUGUAUCGCACCGUCCAGCAUCCAGGGGAAUUUGUCCUUACCUUUCCAAAGGCAUACCACUGUGGCUUCAACUGCGGAUUCAACUGUGCAGAGGCAGUGAAUGUGGCUCCUGUUGAUUGGUUUGUGCAUGGCCAGGAUGCUGCUGAGCUUUACAGUUUGCAGUGCCGUAAGACAACAUUGUCCCAUGACAAGGUUUUAUUUGGGUCAGCUCAGGAAGCUGUACUAGCCCUUGUAGAGCUAACUCUCCAUGGAAAAGAAAAUCUAAAAUAUUCAAAAUGGAGAAGUGUUUGUGGGAAAGAUGGAGUUCUUACCAAUGCAGUUAAGACAAGGAUAAAGAUAGAAAAAGAAAGGCUUGACUGUCUUCCUACUAAUUUAAAGAUGCUGAAGAUGGACAGUGACUUUGAUUUGUCUGAGGAAAAAGAAUGCUUCUCUUGCUUCUAUGACUUGCAUCUUUCUGCUGUAGGUUGCAGUUGCUCUCCUGGCAGAUAUUUUUGUCUUAAGCACUCAAAUUUGCUUUGCUCAUGUAAAAAGGACAAAAUAUAUGUUCUACUUCGUUUUACUAUGGAUGAGCUAAGUACAUUGGUCGAAGCAUUGGAAGGAGAAUCACAUGCUAUUGAAGUGUGGGCAAAUAGAAACACCAGAAUGGUUUCUGCUAAUGCUGCAGAUGAUAGCAUGUGUAGACAAGAUGUGGAGAGCGCCAUGUGCAAAACGAAGAGUCAUGAAGGAAAAAGCUCAACUUCUUGUGCAGGAACUAAUGAGAAGUCAAAAUUAGGCCCCUCGGAGUCGCCUGCACCUAUAGAUUUUCCUAAGGACAAUAUGAUCAACAAAAUGAUGACCGCGGACAACAAGCAGGGAGGUUCUUUGGAUUUGAACCUUGAUGUUGUUUCUGAUGAACCUGAAAGUAGUUUGCUACGCAUUGUUGAUGGCCAUCAUAAUAAGUGUGUUCAAUGUGUGGAUAAAGUCUGCUGUGCAGAGGCCAGAAAGGAAGGAGACGACAUGGAACUUGGUGCUGGUGGUAUCCAAUCGGCCUCCAAUACUGUCUUGGAGAAAGAUUUUACGUCAUCUUCAAGGGAUGUUCGAAAUUCUUGUAAACUUGAUGGUUGUCAAUUGUUUGGGCAAAUGCUUUCAGGUUCAGGAGAGAAACUCAACAAUGAAUUUACAAGGAAAGUUGUAACCUCCUCCAAUACAAGUAUAUCUUUGACAAACCAAAACUUUGGUAUUUCUGUUGAGUAUGUACGUUUGGGCUCUGUUUCGUAUGGAAAGCUGUGGUGCAGUAAACAAGCAAUAUAUCCAAAAGGAUUCAAAAGUCGUGUUAAGUUCUUUAGCAUUUUUGAUCCAAGAAGCACCUGUAACUAUGUUUCUGAAGUCAUCGAUGGAACAUUUCUUGGGCCUAUUUUCAAGGUUUACAUGGAAGAAUAUCCAAGUGACGCUUUCACAGACACGUCAGCAGAUAAGUGUUGGGAAAGAGUUAGUGAGACUCUAAAUGAUGAAAUCAAGAGGCGAAGGAGUCUAGUUGGAAAAGAACUUCCUCACUUGGAACUUCUGCAAAACAUUAACGGCCAUAAAAUGUUUGGAUUCCUUUCUCCACUCAUUAUUCAGGCCAUUGAAGCUCAAGAUCCCAGUCAUCAAUGCAAAGAGUACUGGAAUAACAAAGAAGUGCUCCCUGAAUCCUCAGGCAUUGUUGCCAUUGAUGAGUGUAAGUUAACUCAUGGUACAAGUAACUCUCUAGGUGAUGUCAAGACCAAACUUUCUGGUGUAAAUUUAAAAAGGAAGAAGCAAUAUAACAUAAGAGGAAGUGUAGAUUUAAAAAGGAAGAAGCAAGAUAACAUAGGAAGAAGUUAUCAUUCGUUUGAGAAAUGAAACUGGUGCUACAUGGAUUUUUGAAAAAG